AUGCAAAUCUGUCAAUCUGUGACAAUUAAAAUAGAAUGUCUGACUAUUUCAGGCAUCGAAUUUCCACCAACCAUUCAUGACAUGGUUGAUCAGGUAUAUGUGUCUCCGGGCAAAGGUACCAACCUCACGUGCAAAGCCAGCGGCUACCCAAUACCAAUGGUAUGGUGGGCAACGCAAGGCACAUCGGUGGUGGCGCUUGGACUGCGAGAUGUCGUCGGUUCCGCGGUGCAGACGGAACGAUCUCUCACUGAACCUCACUCCCAGCAGGCAACUCUUCGUCUCACCGACAUCACCGACCACUCCACCUACAUUUGCAUCGCCAAGAACACCCUCGGUGUCGUGCGCCGAAAUAUCAGCAUUGUUGUUAAACGUAUGUCCACAGGAAUAUUCUUCUUACCUACCCUUGUUUAA